AUGGAUCCGUUAUCGCUUGCUGCUAGCAUCGCUGGCCUGGUGAGUCUCGCGGGGGCUGUUAUAUCAUCCGGUUACAAGUUGAACUCCAAGUUAAAUGAGGAUACGAGCGACACCAAGACGCUCGUUGUUGAGACAGCCAACUUCUCGGGCAUCUUGCUCGGUGUAAAGGCGCACUUAGAGGCCUUUCAGUCUCUGGAUGUUGAUCUGAAGGCUGUUCACAGUACUAUUGAAGACAGCAAGCUUACGAUAAAGCUUAUUGAUGAGUUGAUAGCCAAGGUCUCCAAGUCAAAUCGUGUUGAGAUGUUGAUCAAGGCUGGUGGGCGGGAGGAGCAGGCAGUCAAGCUGCUUCGACGUAUUGAGCAGUACAAGAUGUUCUUUGUUCUGUGCUUUCAGCUUGAGCAAAGCUCUCACUCCGAAACCCUCCAGAUCCAGAUGGAAGGUAUUGUGGCCCAGUUACAGUCACUAGGCGAAACUCAGAAGGGUGUUGAGAAGGCAGUUGGCCGAUUGGUAGAUGCUGGUCAGAUUCAGCAACAAGAAAAGAUCAUCAAGUGGCUUGGUACACCAACAGAAGAUGAACACGAUGAUCUGUGCAAGCAACGCGAUGCAUCCUCAGCAGAGUGGAUUUUGAAAAGGCGGGAAUACAACAGCUGGCUGUCUAGUCCGGGCUCGGCAUUGCUAUGUCUCAACGGAACACAGGGCUCGGGAAAGUCGGUUGUCGUCUCCAAGGUUAUCGAAUCGCUUCAAGAGUCUUCGCUUGAGCCUGGGAGUAACGCCGUCGUUUACCACUACUGUCGCUUCACCAACCCAUCCAGCCUCUCGCCUACAAAUCUAGUCGGGUCGCUCAUAGGCCAGCUUCUCAAACAAUCCUCCAACCUAAGCGUCCUCUUAGAAGUUGUGAACAAUAUCUACGAAAAAUAUCGCAAACGAUCAGCUCACCCAAGUCUCCAAGACCUGCAAUCUCUAUUCUCUGAUCUCUCUAACUACUUCGAGAGAGUUAUUCUUGUCAUCGAUGGCUUAGACGAAAUGGGUGGAUACUGGGAGAUCUUGGACUUUUUAGAGAUUCUACCAGAAGCAGAUACCGCGUUCAAGGUUUUGAUAGCGAGUCGAGCUGGAAUGGGUCUCGACGAUGCUUUCUCGUCCUGUUUCAAGAUCACAAUCACGUCAACAGACGUUGCAUCCGACAUUGAGAGCUUGGUCCGCAAGAAGCUCAAUAAGCGCCGAUUCCGCGGAUCUGAAGUUGAGGCUGUCAUCAAAGAGCUGAUCGUUCGCGCUGAUGGAAUGUUCAUCUGGGUCAUAUGUCAAAUCGACCAUCUUUCCCGCGUCCGAACAGCUCUUAGUCCAAAGCUUGUGCAGGCCCUACCCCGCAACCUCGAGAAGACCUUUGAACAAGCCUUUCAAACACUCGAAGAUGAAGAAGAGAAGAAACUUGCGAAGCGUAUCUUACAGUUUGUCAUGUUUGCUAACAAACCACUCGAUCUGUCAGAAUUGGUUGAAGGAAUCGCCAUUACAUCGGAUACAAAGACACUCGACGAUGUGCAAGCCAACUCGUUGCGUGAGAAGAGUUACGUCUUCGAGCUCUGUGGCAGCCUGGUUCGAGAAUCUCAGGCCACAUCCAAGAUUGAUCUGGCACACUACUCGGUGUAUCAGUUUCUGCAGUCUACCAAGAUCGAGGGCAACAGAGAGAACGAACUGUAUCUCGACAAGUCCAAUGGCAACCUCGAGCUUCUCACGGCUUGUAUUCGAUAUCUAACCAUCGAGAACGUCUCGGCUGGCGGAAUUGCCGAAGAGGUAGAAGCUGCACUAGAGGAUGACGAUCUGUACAUUAGCCCGGAAGUGUUUACAAACACGCCAUUUCUCCAGCAUGCCGUUAGUAACUGGCCAGCUUAUGCUUCGAAACUCUCAGAGGCUGAGCUAAAAGAUAUCUGGACGUCUGUUCUACUCCCCUUCUUCGAGCCUGGUUCGAACUACUUUAAGUUCUGGGUACGCAAGGCACGCUAUCUUCAUGGAUACUAUAAGUAUCCUCCAGGAAUCACACCACUUCACGUUGCAGCUGUUCAUGGACUGUCUGAUCUGGCAAGAAUACUUCUAGAAGAUACCCAUCUCAGCAAAGCUGCCUGGCAGAUAUCGAAAGCCAAAGUGGGAAGCAGGACGCCGCUGCAUAUGGCUAUCGAGAACGGUCAAAACUCGGUGAUCGAUGUGUUUCUGGAACUUGAUCUUCUCGAUUCAACAGACGAAAGAGAUAGAACCCCUCUACAUCUGGCGAUUGAGUGCGCGAACGAGGAAGCCGUUACUAGACUCAUCUCAGCUGGUGCAAAUGUGAAUCGCUGCGAAGCUGAUGGACGGACACCACUCUUCAUCGCCAUCGAGAAUAACUGGGACGGUCUGGCAACACAACUCGCAGAGAUGGCAAACCCAUAUAGAAUCAUGCCAGAUGGGCGCGGGUCACUCCACCUUGCAGCACAAACUGGAAGCAUGACGUGGUUGAAAUGUCUAAUGCCUGCAUGUCCCCCAAGAGCCAUAAACAAACCUGAUAUUCGUGGUUGGACUCCUCUACUCUAUGCUGUUGAUAGGGGCCAUUUGGAUGUCGUCAAACUUCUGUUGUCAAAUCCAAACUGUACAGAGGUCGGUGAUCAAAACGGAUGGACGCCUCUGCAUGCUGCUAUCAAGCAGCAGAAUCUAGACUGCGCUACAGAGCUUCUGAUCUCUAAUGUUCCGAAAUUGCCUUUCUCGGAAUACAGGGAAGAGCCUGAAGGAAGGGGGGGUGAACCUGACCCUGAGAUGACGGGGAAGUAUGGAGAGGGAUACAGGCCCAGGCAGUCCGAUGCGGCAACUAGAGGAAGCCCAAGUGACAGAUGGAGCGCCUGGGAACAGCAAUCAUCAUCUGGAUCCCGCCAAGCAGCGACAGUCUCGUCUCCAUUGCUUCUCGCAGUUUCGAGCAACUACAAGGCUGGGGUUGAAUUACUCCUUCGUCACGCCGAAACAUACGGUCGAAAAGAAAUAGGCUUGUUAGAGGAAGAUGGCGAGUGCCUCAAAGCGUCGAUGGUACAAGGCGAAACAGCCAUCUUCAAGAAGCUUGUCCCAGUCUCAACGGCAAAGAGUAUACUAGCUGUUCUGCCUGAUUGUGUCGCGAAGGGCGACGUAUUCUUGGAGAUCUUGAAACAAAGACUGGAUAGUGCCUUCGCACACCAGCAGCUUCUCACAGAAGCUUUGUCUGACGGCAGGCUGACUCAGGAGGUGGCGCAUAUGAUACUGGAUACCUGGCCUGUCCAAGCCACUUCACUUCCGGACAACAUACUUAAGCUCGCUGUACAAAUUGGAAACAACCAGGACCUACGCUUGUUGAAGCGCCUGAUAGAUGGAGGGGCCAAUACCUCUUAUGUUGACAAUGGCGACCAGACACUUUUGCAUACGGCAAUCGAUCAUCUCAAGUGGAUUGCUACUACCUUCAUGAUUGAGAAUCUGCCAUUUAGCAAGGAUAUACUGUCUAGUGCUCUCCACGGUCUCAUUGACGUUGCUCCAACACAAGGGAAAGACAUCAGUCCUGAGAUUCUCGCAAUCCUGAAUCUGCUUGUCGAAAAGGGCGCUGAUGUCAAUAGCCUAGAUGGAUCCAAACUCAGUGUUUGCCACGCAGCAGCUGGUAGAGACGACACUGCGUUCUUGAAAUGGGCGUUAGAGAACAACGCUGUACUGGCUGCCCCGACAUCAAGAGAUGAUACUCCAAUCACUGUGGCUGUGAGGUAUCGGAAAUAUGAGAACUUGCAGUGCCUUCUCGACAAUAUUCUUCAGACUGCGCCAGAGACCCUGGUUGAGUUUCUGGCCACGCCGUGUACAAGCUUUGGGACGCCCCUCAGACAGGCUAUUGAGCUCUCCGACAUCACGAGCUUGACCAAGCUUGUGGAAGCUGACAAGGCCGCCGAGUUGUUGGUUAAGACGGAUAUGGAUGAAUAUCAAAGCAGGCGGCUGACGGCUUUCACCGAUGCACUUUGCACUGCUAUUCGAAAGCAAUUGGACGAGGCUGCGGUGCUAUUGAUCAAACACAUGAGUAACAUCUCAUCGACAGGUUCAUCAGGGGCGACACCCCUUCAUGUGGCUGUGCAGCAGGAAGAUGAAAAGAUGGUAAAGGUCCUUCUCGAGAACGGGGCACAGUUGAACGUACCGCACCGCGACACGGGAGAAACGCCAUUCGCAGUUGCAACAGUUCUUAACCUGACGAGAAUAAGGGCUAUUCUAAGCGAGCGUCAAGUGGAAUUUCAGCCUCAAGAUAUCAUCGCAGCAGCCAAAGCAGGAGAUGAAGCCCUGGUUGCAAAGGUCUUGGCUGCAUAUCCCGAUGACUUGUACAAUCAGAGACAGGCAUUAUUCACAGCACGAAAGCUACGACAGAAGAAGAUUGAGAAGACCCUCUACGAAGUUCUGCCAACACAGGCUGCAUCUUCUCUGGUAGACGAUAUAACCAGGAAUGCAUACGGCGAUACAGUUCUCCACCAAGCAGUUCGUGCAAUGAACCCCGAGAAACUCAAGUCUUUGUGCAGUGGGGGCGACAGAGAGCUGUUGGAUGCUUAUGAUCUUGGUGGUGACUCUGCUUUGAUGCUUGCUAUUCGGAUGUGUCACUGGAGCGGUGCUGAGGUAUUGGCCAAAGAAGGGGCGGAUAUAGAUGAGGCUCUUGAGAAGGCGCAUGCCGCGAAGUGUGAACUUUGGAUCGAUAAGCUUAAUGAGCUUAAAAGCCGUUAUGGAAGGGUCAGACAACGUGUAUUCUCCACUGGGCAUGGUAGAGCUUAA